AAACUUGGUACUACUACCAACCACCCAAUAUAUAGAUAGCCUCAUUUAUUUCAAACCCCCAAUCCUCAUCCUUCUUAAAAACUAUAUACUAAAAAUAUAAAUAUUGCUUCGAAUUUUCAAAAUUCUCUCUUUCUAAUUUUCUUCAAUAUAUAUUAUAUUCAGAUUUCUACAGUACAUCAAAUUUUGGGUUGUGGGUAUUUGAAGAAAAUGGAUUCUGAAACGUUAAAAGAUUCGUAUAAUGAAGAAAUGAUGGGAACAUUGACCGGAGAUUUUACAGAGCAGUUGAGUAUGAAAGAACAGAUAAUCGAAGAAGAUUAUGAGGAUGACGAGGAAGAGGAAGUUGAAGAUGAAGAAGAAGAGUUCUCUUUCGCGUGUGGGAUAGACGCGCCGCCGAUAGCGGCGGAUGAGGUGUUUUACAAUGGUCAAAUUCGACCUCUGUUUCCAUUGUUUAAUCAGAGUCUUCUUUUAUCUGACGAAGAUUUGGAAGCUUUGAAGGAACAAUUACCGAUCAGGCCACCGGUGAAGAAGAUAUUUAUACAAACGGAAGACAACCCAAUUCCGGCGUGUUCAAAUUCGUUAACGGAGAGUGAAGAAAUCGUCGGACCCUUUUGUGAAUGGUCAAAAAAUAAAGCAAUUGAAGCAACAUCGGACAAUCCUGAGGUUUGUAAAAAGAGUAAUUCAACCGGAUUUUCAAAGUUAUGGAGAUUUAAAGACUUUCUUCACCGGAGUAACAGUGACGGAAGAGAUACCUUUGUGUUCUUAAACCCAACAACUCCGGCGCCGAAAGUAGAGGAAAAAAUUGUUCGGACAGAUGAAACGACGACGUCGGAGAAGAAAAAGAAGGAGAUCUCCGGCGAGGUGAAGGUCAUCGGAAAAGUAACGAAGAAGAUGAAGAAGGUUGUGAAGAAGAGUGAAGGGGUUUUAGCUCAUGAAGCUUAUAUGAAGAGUAAAGCUAAAGCUGAAGAUCGCCGGCGAUCGUAUCUUCCUUAUCGGCCGGAGCUCGUCGGAUUUUUCACAAAUGUGAACGGUGGAUUAACGAAGAAUGUGCACCCAUUCUAAGUCAAUUUUUUUUAAUUUAAUUAAUUUUAAUAUUAUAGUAAUGUAAUUUGCUUAGUCAAUAAUUAGAUUUGCUUGAUUUAGAUCAUGGCCCAAGGGAUUAUGAGGUAUAAGUUGGCCUUUUUUCCCCUUAUAUAAUAUGUAAAAUCUUUAAUUCAUCAUAUAAUUAUGUACUUAGAGAAUCGGAUCUUUAGAAAAUUAUUUUCUAUAUUUACGAGAUAGUGAUAACAUUAUAUAUUUA